UUUUUUUUUCCCCUCUUCCUUUUUUUCUUCGCUGCUCCGCUGGGUUGGAAGCAAAUCUCGGUGGCUGUGGAGAGAAUUCGUUUUUUCACCAUCGUCAUCAUCGCUAUUAUUUUUUUUUUUUUUCAUAUUCCUCCUUUUCCCAUUUUGGACCUUAACCCUUUGAUCUGUUUCCUUUAAAAGACUCUGAUUCCCAACUCCCAUCAGGGGGAGAGGGAGGAGAAAUACAGGAGAGGAAAAAAAAGCCCUGAGCGAGUCUGUGCUCUCAGCUGUUAGUCAGGUUGGUGGGGGACAAAAGUCCCUUUAAAAUAUUGAAUGUCAGUUGCAAACCUAAGAAAAGAAAAAUCCGAUCUGGAACGCUAAAUUUAGGAGCUUUAUAUGGAACUUGGAUUCUGCUGCUGGAUUUUGUAUGGAUUUUUUUCAACCUUUGGGAGGACAGACCCCGGCGCCCGCUCCUAGACCGCACUGAGUGACUGAAGCGGGUGUGGGGGGGGGAGCGCGUCGCCAAGAGGCUGCCGGUAGAGAUGGCCGAGAAUUGGAAGAACUGCUUCGAAGAGGAGCUGAUCUGCCCCAUUUGCCUGCACGUCUUCGUGGAGCCGGUCCAGCUGCCCUGCAAGCACAACUUCUGCCGGGGCUGCAUCGGAGAGGCGUGGGCCAAGGAGUCGGGCUUGGUGCGGUGCCCGGAGUGCAACCAGGCCUACAACCAGAAGCCCAACCUGGAGAAGAACCUGAAGCUCACCAACAUCGUGGAGAAGUUCAACUCUCUCAACCUGGAGAAGCCCCCCACCGUCCUGCACUGCGUCUUCUGCCGCCGGGGCCCGCCGCUGCCGGCCCAGAAGAUCUGUCUGAGGUGCGAGGCGCCCUGCUGCCAGUCCCACGUCCAGACCCACCUGCAGCAGCCCUCCACGGCCCGGGGCCAUCUCCUGGUGGAGGCAGACGACGUGCGGGCCUGGAGCUGCCCCCAGCACAACGCCUACCGCCUGUACCACUGCGAGGCCGAGCAGGUGGCCGUCUGCCAGUUCUGCUGCUACUACAGCGGGGCCCACCAGGGACACUCGGUCUGCGACGUGGAGAUUCGCCGCAAUGAGAUCAGGAAGAUGCUGAUGAAGCAGCAGGACCGCCUCGAGGAGCGGGAGCAAGACAUCGAAGAGCAGCUCUACAAGCUGGAAUCAGACAAGCGGCUGGUUGAGGAGAAAGUGAGCCAGCUGAAGGAUGAGGUGCGCCUGCAGUAUGAGAAGAUGCACCAGAUCUUGGACGAGGACUUGAGGAAGACCAUGGAGAUCCUGGACAAGGCCCAGGCCAAGUUCUGCAAUGAGAAUGCAGCCCAGGUCCUCCACCUCAAUGAGCGCAUGCAAGAGGCCAAGAAGCUACUCAGCUCUGUCCAGGUCAUGUUUGACAAAACUGAGGACAUCAACUUCAUGAAGAACACCAAGUCUGUGAAAAUCUUAAUGGACAGGACCCAGAACUGCACAGGUGGCAGCCUGCCCCCACCCAAAAUCGGCCACCUCAACUCCAAGCUCUUCCUGAACGAGAUCGCCAAGAAGGAGAAGCAGCUCAGGAAGUUGCUGGAAGGUCCUCUGAGCACCCCUGUCCCCUUCCUGCAGAGCAUCCCCAUGUACCCCUGCACCAUCAGCAACUCCGGCGCGGAGAAGCGCAAGCACUCCACCGCCUUCCCCGAGGGCAGCUUCCUCGAGCCAUCGUCCGGGACUGUGGCAAGCCAGUACAUGAGCCAGGGCGCUUCGGCUGGCGAGGGGCAGUCCGCACAAGCCAUGGUGCCUUGUAGCUCCACGCAGCACAUAGUUGGACUUCCCAGCGGCCCGCAGCCGGUGCACUCGGGCUCCGUCUUCAACCCAUCUCACUACCCCAACACCACGUCAUCUCAGCAGUCCGUGCUCUCCCAGUACGGCGGGCGCAAAAUCCUCGUCUGCUCCGUGGAUAACUGUUACUGUUCCUCCGUGUCCAACCACAGCGGGCACCAGCCCUACCCGCGGUCGGGGCACUUCCCCUGGACGGUCUCCUCGCAGGAGUACUCCCACCCGCUGCCGCCCGCCCCUGCCGUCCCCCAGUCGCUCCCGGGACUUGCCGUGAGGGAAUGGAUUGACGCAUCCCAGCAGCACGGGCGGCAGGAUUUCUAUAGGGUCUAUGGCCAACCGUCGGCGAAACACUACGUCACCAGUUAACCAUCACACUCUCCAGAGAGUCCCGGUUGAGGACACGUUCAGAGAGGAAAGUCUGGUUUGGUUUGGCUUUUCUAUUUUUUUUUUUUUUUCCCCCUUUUAAAUCAAACCCAAUUUUUUCCCUGCCUCGCAGCCCUCCAGGAUUUUGGGGAGGGUUGUUCUCUCAUCUCUCUCUUUUUUUUUUUUUUUAACCUCUUAAAAUGAGUUAAAUUUUUUUUUUCCUUUUAAUUCUUUUUUUAAUUUAAUUUUUGGAAAGUCCUUCCUGCCCCUCGCUUGGAAAAGUCGAGGGAGAAAUUAUGACUGAGAAGAAAUUGAUGGGGAUUUCAGUCGGGCGUCUGGGUCUGUGCGUCACGCUCUUCCUCGCUCCUCUCUGCCUCUGGAAAACUUCAGAAGGGACAAUGACACCUUCUCUCUUCCCAUGUCUCAGAGUUCGUUUUUUUUUUUCUCUGGUUUGGUUCAGUUUUUCCCAUUUCCCCACCCCUCUCUUUACCUUUUUAAAAAGAAAAAAAAGAAAAAAAUCUAUCAUUGAUUCAGUAUGAAACAAUAUGUGUAGAUUUUGGGUUUGUUACCUUCUCUUUUUUUUUUAAAGGCUGAUUUUUUUCUUUUUGUGUUACGAGGCCACUUCUCAUGCAUAUUGGCAUUUUUUUUUUCCUUCUUUCAGAGAUUUGUAAAUACACAAUGGCAGGAAAUUUAAUGCACAAAAAAAAAAAAAGGGAAAAGAAACUUUUAAAAAAAACCAACAAAAAAAAAACCCCACACAAAUAAAUAAUAAUAAUUAAAAAAUCUGUUCUAGUCUUCAGGAGGGGAAGUAUGGCCAAAGUGCACCCCCCUCCUGUGUAUCGCUGAUGCAACUUCCUGUAACAAGCACUUUGUAUAAAAAAAAGUGGACUUCCUGCUAUAAGGCACAGGUAUUUAUUCUGUAACCAAUUUUAGAACACACACACACACACAAAAAUAUUCAAAUAAAUGUGAUCACUUAGUGCAAA